AUGGCUGGUAUGCUGUUAAAAAGUUUGCACACUUUGGAGGCGUUAGACGAACCAACGGCAAAAUGGAACGUCCCUUUAAAAGAUGGAAAUCAUGUAAUAGAAUUCGAGCAUGGUACAGCGACAGGUCGUCGAUUGGUAAGAAUAGAUGGGAAAGAAAUAUUCCACAGAGAUUGGAUGUUCAAUCUAGUUGGAGACGAAGUCUUCAUGUUCAAUGGUAACAAAUUCGUAAUUAGAAUCGAUCCAAUUCCUGGUUUAAAAUAUUCUUACACAUUGUGGGUAAAUGGCAAGACUUACAAAUAUUUUGUGAGAUCGCAAUCAAAAAUUUUGGAAACCUGGUUGGCAAAAGUUAAGAAUGAAGAAUACAGAAUAGUGUUAGAUAAGCAAACGCAGAACGUUUGGGUUAAUAGAGAACAGAUCGAAACAGAGAAUGAAUUUACCGACGAUGGCGCAGAAAUUCUAUUCUCGGUAGGGGAUAUUCCAGCUACAAUUAGAACUUACAGUUCUGGACAAAAAGACAUUGGAAUAAUAUAUUCUUUAUACAUCGAUGACAUAGAGAUCGAAAAAGAAGCUCUUCUAAAAGAAGAUGAAGAAAUAUAA